CGUGCACUUCCCGGAGGCCGGAGCUCGACGAGCUUCAGAUCAGAAUCUCGCACCAAAAUAGCUAAGGAAUAGCGAAAUUUUAAGGCCCUGACCUCACCGCUGCGGAUGAUGAUGGCCGAGUCCGGGAACUCGAACCGAACCACGCCUACGCACCCAGCCCCUGCACACGAACAAUGUCCAACGAAGGCGGCCGUCGGAACCAAUCCAUCUGCGCUCACGAAGCGGACCGAAGUCGUAGUCGGAUGCCAAGUCUCGAGGACUCGGGCUACCGUAAGGAAGAAUCGGUCUAUGCACGAAAAUCAAGGAGGAAAUAAACAGCAGCUCUAAAGUAGUGGAAUGUAGAGGAGUGUAAUGGAGCGAACUCAUUUCACAGCGUCUUUCUCUCCGCCGGGCUCACUAUUUAACUCGAGCCACCCGCGACAGGAGCAGCGGCCUCGGGGCGGGGCAAUGCGUGGCGGGACGCAGUAUUCGGAGGCGGGGCGGGGCGCAGGAGAGCGCGGGAGCUGUCAGAGACCGAACGGAGUCGAAUAAUCUCAGUCAGACUGUCGCCCAUCUGUACGCCAGAGAGCAGUUCAAGCUGAAGCGAAAUAGCUGAAGCGGUUACCCAUUUGUAGGGCUGAGAGCACCUCGCAGCUAUGUUGAAGUUGAAGUGAGGGGAUCGCUCACUUGUUGUGCUGGGAGUCAAAUAUACUCAAUAGCAAAGAUUACUAAUUAAAGUUUUCAUUGCAAAUAGCCGAUCUUCACGAUAAACUUAGACUAUUUGACUAUACAUUUAAUUUGGACAUUAGGCCUUUGGUAUAUUUUGCUUAUGUUCGAUAUAUAUACUUUCUUCACGCUGUGCACUGUCAGAAACAGUGAGAGACGAUCAAGCGAUUAUGCAUUAGACAAGAAACUGGGUAUAUUUCAUCUCCAAUGUUUCAAGAAAGAUAUUUGGAUCGUGACGAGAAACACCUGAUGACCGAAGUCUUUUGAGUCUGGUCCCGAACUGCUGAUGUUCAGCAGUCAGGGAUAAAGCGAGAGUUCUAUAACGCUACGCUAUGGCAAGACUACCUCCGGCAAGAGUUUCUAAGUUUCUUGUGAUUCUUGAAACAUAAUUUUAGCUUCCUCCAUCCAUUGAGGUAAGUGUUUUGGAUCAAAGUUCAGGAUGACUCAAGUCUACACAUUUUGUCUCAGAUUUUAUGGUGUUCAUGUUCACGGCUGGAAGAAUGUAGAAACUUGUGUUUGUUAGGACCAUUCCCAGACAUCGGCUUUUGUUGAACCUACUGUGAGUUUUUCUUAUUUCUUGUACACUUCAAAAAUCCUCUUCUGAGGCCCAGACUUGCUGCAACGGACUUCUUG